UUGGGUGGUUCCUGGGGUGGCGGAGCAACUCCUAGGGUUCUAGUGAAUUGUAUCCCUUGGCUACUACUGCUCUUACUCUAGUCUGUGUCUAUCUAUGGCUCCUCCACUCUUCUAUCUUCAUUCUAAGAUCCAAGGUCCAGUUGUAAGUUGAAGUACUAGUGUUUACAGUUCCUUAGAAUUUUCAAAGUUAAUGUUAAUGUUUGUUCACUCCCUACGCUCCGAAUGACCAGAACUGGGUACUAGGGGGCAGGCUGCAGGGACUAGAGGAGCUGUUCGUUUGUGAUUGGCCCUGUCUCAGAGCAUGCAGUGAUUGACAACCCACGAUUACGGAUGCCCUCCCCAUACCAGAAAAAGAACCCUUCACGAAGAUGGAGAGAUAAGUCUGACUCCUACCACAUCCAGAGGCCGGACUGUCAGAGCUACAUAGGAAAAUAUAUCAAAGAAGUCUUCAUUGUGGGCAUGUCAGCGUUCCUGGAGGACCGGCCGCGCGUUCCUGGAGGACCGGCCGCGCGUUCCUGGAGGACCGGCCGCGCGUUCCUGGAGGACCGGCCGCGCGUUCCUGGAGGACCGGCCGCGCGUUCCUGGAGGACCGGCCGCGCGUUCCUGGAGGACCGGCCGCGCGUUCCUGGAGGACCGGCCGCGCGUUCCUGGAGGACCGGCCGCGCGUUCCUGGAGGACCGGCCGCGCGUUCCUGGAGGACCGGCCGCGCGUUCCUGGAGGACCGGCCGCGCGUUCCUGGAGGACCGGCCGCGCGUUCCUGGAGGACCGGCCGCGCGUUCCUGGAGGACCGGCCGCGCGUUCCUGGAGGACCGGCCGCGCGUUCCUGGAGGACCGGCCGCGCGUUCCUGGAGGACCGGCCGCGCGUUCCUGGAGGACCGGCCGCGCGUUCCUGGAGGACCGGCCGCGCGUUCCUGGAGGACCGGCCGCGCGUUCCUGGAGGACCGGCCGCGCGUUCCUGGAGGACCGGCCGCGCGUUCCUGGAGGACCGGCCGCGCGUUCCUGGAGGACCGGCCGCGCGUUCCUGGAGGACCGGCCGCGCGUUCCUGGAGGACCGGCCGCGCGUUCCUGGAGGACCGGCCGCGCGUUCCUGGAGGACCGGCCGCGCGUUCCUGGAGGACCGGCCGCGCGUUCCUGGAGGACCGGCCGCGCGUUCCUGGAGGACCGGCCGCGCGUUCCUGGAGGACCGGCCGCGCGUUCCUGGAGGACCGGCCGCGCGUUCCUCGAGGACCGGCCGCGCGUUCCUCGAGGACCGGUAUUACAACCAUGGUCAGGCAGGAUGGGAAACUCUUGAAUAAGUUUUUUUCAGUGAAUCAUGAGAUGAGCAUGGCAGGGAUCCAGGCGGAUGGUGGCAGUGCUUUCAAGGAGCAUUUCCAGUCGUUCACUCAGGAGCGGAACAGCUAA